AACAAGCCGUAUUGAUUUUCUCUAAUUUAACGUUUAUUUUAACAAAAGAUAUUGCCCUAAUGGCAGUGAAACGAGGCGUGUCCUCUGAAGAUAGCAAUUCAACGGUCUGCUAUUUGGUCAGAUAAGCGUUGAAUGGUCUAGUGUAUUCCGAUGCACUCCUUUGGGGCGAUAUUCAGUUGCUGGCCACAAUGCGAGUCCGCAGGUUGUGCCGGAUGGCCCUGCGCUCCUGGAUGGGAUUGGUCCUCAUCCUGGGACUGUCCUGCCACUAUUUUAGUCCCACGCGUGGGCGCCUGGUCCACUCGCGACUUCUGCAGAUCUACAACUGGCUGACAAUGGUCGCCAACAUUGUACUGUAUUUCCCCUACUAUUUUUACGCUCUGGUUUAUUUUGCGGAGGGCACAUUUAGGCGGCAGUCAUUCGUGAUUAUGGUCUGCCAUGGCAACGUAAAACUUCAACUCGUGGCGCUGUCGAUCCAAACAUUAUGGAGACUUCUAUGCGAGCGACAGGUGUGCCAGGUGUACAACGAAUUGUCAGCGAUUACUGAGUUGGAGCUGAAGUGCGAGGAGCACAGUCGCUUCUACCACGUGGUGUUUCUGGCCAAGAUGCACAAUUUUCUGCACAACUUUAACUUCGGUCUGAGUGUGCUGCUCGUUUCGGGCAUGCGAACGUUCGGAAUGUCUGACGUUCUGUCCAUCGUGUACUUCAUCUACAACUGUCUGGCCAGAAACGCCGUCCAGGUCACCUAUGUCCUCCUGCUCCUUGAGCUGAGUGAGGCACUGCGUCUGAAUGGCCAACAGCAGCCGGAAUCCUAUGGCCAACUCAAGGAGCAGUUGCGACGGGAAGAGCGUCUGAUGGAACUUGUGCGCCGAGUGCAUCGAUUUUUCGCCUGGAUGGUGGCGGUCACUUUGUUCUACGAGCUGUACUUCAACACGGCCACCAUUUACCUGGGCUAUUCCUUCGUCAUUCAGCGCAACGAUGCCUUGGGCCUGCACUUGCACGCAUUGAAGAUCCUGCUGACAGUCCUCUGCUUUGUGGUCAAGCUAUCGGACGUCCUGCUCCUCCAGAUCGUCUGCGAACACCUGCUCGGGCAGCAAAACCAUCUGUGCGCCACUCCAAAGGUCCAAGCCAAGGCAGCUCAGAGACAGUGGGAAAUGUCUGUUUUCAGACGAGCCAUUAGACGAGCUUCGCCGGAGAACAAAGUGCUGGGUAUGUUUAGCAUGGAUAUGCGGUGUGCCUUCGCCCUGAUUAGCUGCAGUUUGUCCUAUGGCAUCAUCAUCAUUCAAAUUGGAUACGUUCGUGGUUGAAGUUGUCUCCAAUUUUCCCGCCCUUCAAAAAGGAAAAGAAAAAAAAACCGGCGAAGUAAUCAUGCACUCAAUCGGCACUUCGCUUCAAUUAUGUUAAUUACUUGGAUAAUCUGUGGCGAAACGAAAACAAGACACGGAGUUUAUGAACCCAUAGUAGUGAUGGCC